AUGGCACUGACGCAAAAACUUCGCAUUAUUAUUGGUAGUGUAGUAACUAUAGUGGUCAUUGGACUUGUAGUUGGUAUUACUGUUGGAGUUGUUGUUGGAAGACGAAAACCUGCAACAAUAACAGUUGAAAAACGAGCGCUUCAGAUACUUGAAAAUAAUCCAUUAAUUGACGGGCACAAUGAUUGGGCAUGGGCUUUUCGUUCGCGUUUUCAAAAUAGCAUAAAUAAUCUGGAUUUAAACAAUAUGACUCAAUACAAAUUUGAAAGAAAUAUAUUAAUACAUACGGAUAUAACACGUUUACGACAAGGACAAGUUGGAGGACAGUUUUGGUCUAUCUAUACCAGAUGUGAUCAUCAAGGAAAGGAUGCAACGAUAAGUUUUUUGGAACAAAUCGAUCUAAUGAAUCGAAUUAUAGCUAAACAUCCAGAUGUAUUUCAAAUGGCUAAAACUGCUCAAGAAGUUCGACAAGCAUUUAGUGCUAAACGUAUAGCAAGUUUAUUUGGUGUCGAAGGUGGACAAGCUAUUGAAAGUUCAUUUGGUAUUUUGAGAAUUUUCUAUCAAUUGGGUGUACGAUAUAUGACAUUAACGCAUAAUUGUAAUACUCCAUGGGCUGAUCAAAAUCAAGUCGAUCGAGUCAAUUCGACAUUGAUAAAAAAUAAUGGUUUAACAGCAUUUGGCAAAAAAGUCAUAGAGGAAAUGAAUCGACUUGGCAUGUUAGUCGAUCUAGCACAUGUUUCGAAACAAACAAUGUUAGACGUACUUAACAUAUCUCGAUCACCAAUUAUUUUUAGCCAUUCAUCAGCUUAUUCGUUAUGUAAUCAUACAAGAAAUGUUCAAGACGAUGUUCUUGAAUUAGUCAAAAAAAAUCAAGGCUUAGUUAUGGUUACAUUUGCUCCUGGUUUUAUCACAUGUAAUAGUUCGAAUGAUGGAAGCAUUGCUGAUGUUGCUGCACAUAUAAAUCAUAUACGAAAAAUAGCCGAUAUUGACAGUGUAGGCAUUGGUGGCGAUUACGAUGGCGUUGACGUUUUACCAACUGGCCUUGAAGAUGUGUCAAAAUAUCCAAAGCUAAUUGAAUAUUUAAUAGAUCAAGGAGAUUGGACAGACGAUGAUAUUAUUAAACUUGUUGGUGGUAAUAUUUUACGAGUUUUGGAAAAAAAUGAACAAAUAGCACAAGAACUCCAAAAGACAAUGAAACCACAUGAAAGUUUAAUAGAACGCAAUGAAUUAGAAGUAUAUAAUCUCACGCAAUGCCGCUAUUUAGAUAUGUAUACGACUACUGUUUGA